UCCUACUGGUGGUCUGAGAAGGGAUAUAAAUACGAGUGCUCUGAGUGCUGCAGUCUCAUCCACAGCCACUCUUCGUCUACACUUCUCCAGACCUGGUAUAUCUGCAUCACAAAAGAUGUCUUCAGGAGGACAGAUGAUGAGCAGCAGAUGCUCCUCGCCGUGUGAGGUGACCUGCCCGCAGCCCUAUGCCAACGUCUGCAGCCAGCCCUGUGUCACCUCCUGUGGGGACUCCCGUGCUGUCGUCUACCCCCCACCUGUGGUCAUCACCUUCCCAGGCCCCAUCCUCAACUCCUGCCCACAGGAGAGCAUCGUGGGCACCUCAUUCCCAGCACCCAUCGGGGGCUACUCGGAAUCAGGGGGCUCUUUUAGUUCUGGUGGCUCCUAUGGAGGAGGCAUAGGGGGUUCCUAUGGAGGGGGCAGCUCCUAUGGAGGGGGCUUUGGGGGUUCCUAUGGAGGAGGCAGCUCCUAUGGAGGGGGCAUGGGGGGCUCCUACGGAGGAGGCAGGUCAUUUGGCUCCGGGGGCUCAUUUGGAGGCAGAAGAUCCAUCAGCUCCAGGAGCUGCUACGGAGGCGGCUUUGGAGGAGGCAGCUCCUACGGUGGGGGCUCCUAUGGGGGAGGGCGCUCCUUUGGCAUAGGGAGCUGCUAUGGAGGCAGCAGCUCCUCUGGAUUCCGCAGGUCCAGCGGGGGAAGCUGUGGUUACUUCUGAAAAGCCAAUAUCUCCCAUUCCUGGGUUGCACUGAGCUCGCAGGGAAAUGUCCUGUGUGCUCUGUGACCACCUUCACCAAAUGUGCACUAUACUUCCCAUUAAAGUUACCUUGCAUCAGUA